UUUUUUUUUGUUUUUAUUUUUGACAACAACAAAAAGAUGAGUGAAGCUAUCCAAAAUUUAAACAAACCUAAAGAUGCUUUCGAGCAACUUGAAGAAGAGGAAGGAAUGCGCCAAGGCUUCUGUCACAUUCGCAUUCAACAACGAACGGGAAGGAAAACAAUAACAACUGUGCAGGGAAUUGCUACGGAAUAUGAUCUUAAGAAAAUUGUGCGUUAUUUGAAGAAGGAGUACAAUUGUAACGGUACCAUUGUUGAGCAUCCCGAGUAUGGCGAAGUUAUUCAAUUGACAGGGGACCAACGGCAACACAUAAAGGAUUUUUUAUGUAAAGUGGGUAUUGUCAAAGAAGAAAAUUGUAAGAUUCACGGAUUCUAA